AUGCUUAAAUUUCUUGAGAAUAGAGAUCCUUAACCUACUAAGAGAGGAAAGGAUAUAAUGAGGUAUGAGAGUUAAAGUCAUCUCCCAAACAAUCGAUAAUUUAAUAGUCCCUUACAUUAAGAUGUAUUAAUCCAAAAUGAUAAACCAACAUAUUACAUAACUAAAAAAUUACCUCCUAUACAAAUAUAUAAUCCUUUAAUCUAAACUAUUGAUUCAGUUGAAAGACCUGAAUAUAUUGUUAAAUAAAAGGACAUCUAUAUUCCAAGAUACCUGAAUGAAUAUAAGACAAAAGGAUUUAAGAAGAAAUAAGGAAUAUUUGAGUCAUACUAACAUUUAUUGGCUCAGAAUAAGUCAUUAAUAUAAGGCAUACACACAGAUAAAAAACCAUUAUCUUUACCAGCCAUCAAAGAACAUUAAAAAGAAUAAUCUAUAUUAAAUGUACCUGCCCAAUUUUCAACUCGCAGCUAAGAUAUUUAAAAAAUGGAUAUAAAUUAUUUCAAGAGUAACCUAUCCAUUGAUCAACCUUAAAUUAAAGUUAAGUAAAAUGGAAACAAAAAUAUCAGUUCAAAAAAACAAAGAAUUUCACAUAAAUUAAUAACUGAAGACAAGGGUAUCUAAGUUGAUAUUGAAAAAGUUAAAAGCCACAAAAUGACUGAACAAUCAGCAGAUUAUAUAUAUAACUUCAAUUUUUAAUAUUAACAAAAACUUGAAGAUGAAGAAGAAAAGGAAAAGUAAAUGAGAUAAUUAAGUAUUUUUGAUAAAAAAAUCAAAGAAUUUAAAGAAUAAUAAAAAUAGAAAUUGUUUAAAAAACAUGUUUCUUGA